AACCUCACUCUUUUUCUUCCCAGUCUCUCCCCUCUCUCACUCCCCUUCGCUAGUCUUCCCUCUCUCUCUUACUCUCCAGCUCGAUGUCGAGAAAUCUCUAAACUCCGCUUUCUCUUCCACUCUUCUACUUCUUCUUCGUUGACCUCUAGCGCCAUAGCUACUAUACUCGAGAUAAGCUGAUAUAGUGAUAGAGAGAGAAAUGUUGUUGGGAAAGAGAGCGAGGCAGUCCAUUAAUAGAACUACAAGCAUGUCGGAGUUCGCGUUGGAUCUCGGCAUCGAAGAGGCCUCGAUGGCGGCAUCGGCUAAUGAUUUCGAGCCGUUUGAUCCUCGUAACGCCUUCAAGGCCGGAGGCCUGCUCCGGCCGCCGGCCUCCGAUGCCGUAACCGCCAGAACGCUGAAUCGUCGGAGGUCGGCAGAUUUCACCGAAACCGCCCAUUUCCUGAGGGCUUGUUAUCUCUGUAAACGCUGCCUGAUCCCCAAUCGCGAUAUCUACAUGUAUAGAGGAGAUAGUGCAUUUUGCAGCUUAGAGUGCAGGCAACAACAUAUGGCUCAGGACGAGAGAAAAGAGAAAUAUCUACAGAUGACUUCUAACAAGAAGGAAACCGCAACAACCUCCUCCUCCGCCGGCGCCGGCGCCGCCGAAUCCGAAGCCACCGCCGUGUAGAUUAGUAUGUAUAGUAGUGGUAUAAAAUAGUGGACCGCUACGAAUCAAAGGCGAUAAAUAUAUGCGUACGAUGUGUUAUAUGUGGGUCUAACGAGUAUUGGAGGUUUGGCAGAAAUAAAAGAAAAUGUUAUUUUCACGUGGAUCCAACACGAUGUAAUAUUCAUGGCCACAAAUUUAAAUUGUAUAAUGCGUCCCAGGCCAGCUGAUGAUGAUGUUCAUUAUUGCUUUUGAGAAUGUAUGCAUGGAUCGGAGUUACUGAAAAUGCCUGCCAGAUUUUAUAUAUGUCUCAUAUGCUAAAAUAUUGUGUUUCAUAUGGUGUCACGUAACAUUUUUCAAUUUUCAUAUAAUAAAGCCUUAUUUGGUUCGAA